CCUCCACCCCUCGAGGAAGCCGAGCGACAUCCAUCAGACUCUGCUGCACUCUCGGAGGUACACACUUCUUCAGGCUGCACCCCACGAACACUCCGCCGGGCUGUCACACCGAUUUCCGGGCACAAUCUGGUGAUCUCCCCGCUGAUUCCCCUCUCCAUCAGGACCGAGGGAGAGAUGCGCCGUCUGGGAGGAGUAGGAGGAGAAGAACAGCAGCAGCAGCAACACACACCUGCGAGCAGGAUCUGAGUUUCUGUAACAUCAAAGAAAGGUUUAUUGCGGGCAUCAAUAUGACUGAUGGGGAUUAUGACUACCUUAUAAAGCUCCUUGCCCUGGGAGACUCCGGCGUGGGGAAGACCACCUUCCUGUACCGAUACACAGACAACAAGUUCAACCCAAAGUUCAUCACCACAGUCGGCAUCGACUUCAGGGAAAAGAGAGUGGUGUACACAGCGGCCAAUCCCAAUGCGACGACAACAGGGAAAACCUUCAAGGUUCACCUUCAGCUAUGGGACACAGCUGGGCAGGAGAGAUUCCGCAGCCUGACGACGGCGUUCUUCAGGGACGCCAUGGGCUUCCUGCUGAUGUUUGAUCUCACCAGCCAGCAGAGUUUCCUCAAUGUCAGAAACUGGAUGAGCCAGCUACAGGCCAAUGCGUACUGUGAGAAUCCAGAUAUCGUGUUGAUAGGAAACAAGGCGGACCUGGCGGACCAGCGGGAGGUUCAGGAGAAACAGGCCAAGGAGCUGGCUGAUAAAUACGGGAUCCCGUACUUUGAGACGAGUGCAGCCACAGGGGCGGAGGUGGACAAGGCGGUGAUAACGCUGUUGGACCUAGUCAUGAAGAGGAUGGAGCAGUGUGUCGACAAACCACCCGCCGAUCCAGCCAAUGGGAACGGAGCCACGAAGCUCAGCGAUGAGCAGCCCAACGAGAAGAAAUGUGCAUGCUAGAUGAAGAAGGAAACGACCAUUCAGCGCUCUUCUGUCGUCCGUCCUUUCUACUCACCACAUCUGUCCUUCUUUUACCUUCUCCUUCAGUCAUCUUUGCAUGUUUCUACCUCUUUUACACUUUCUAAAACUAACCUUUAACCAUAUUCUGCUUCUCUUUUCUUUAUCUUCCUUCUUUCUCCUCCCAUACUGUUUGGCACUGUGGCAAUGACACAACCCUGUCCCCCCCUAGUGGCUAUUCAAGGAAACACAGUCUUAGUCUGAGGAAAUGAAAACAGGAGGGGAUCGUUUCAUCACUGUCAGACACAUAAUGUGCCUCAUUUACAGUAAAACAUGGGAAUUAAGCUCUGCCAGCUCCCAAUUGCUCUGCUCCCAAGUGGUUUGAAUAAUUUAAAUUGAUCUCUAAAGGCAAAAAGGAGAUGUUUACAACUUCAAUUUGAACCUUUGAUGCUACAACAGUACAUCACUUUGUAACAGAGGUAAGAUGUUACAUGUUUAGGCUAUCACUUGAUGACAGCAGGCAUGAAGAGCUUGACAUCAGGCUGUGUGUCUGUGUAAAUUAACUUAUGAUCCUCUCCUGAAACCUUUCCUCCUGGACCAGGGAGGGCAAAUGUGUGUCCCCCCCUCCUCCCCUGUUUCAAACAUUGUUCAUGCAAUGCUGUACCUGUAUGAGAGCCAUGAAUGGACAUUUUUCAGUGUUUCAAGCAUAUUGGUCUGGUUCACGAAUGCAAAACGUUGUUCCUAAAAAUGUAGCCACACAGUUUUUAACACAGUUGGCUACAGCGUCAUGGUGGAGCUCUUUGACCCUGUGUUGGAGAGGCUGUUUCUGUUAGCCUUUACACAAUAGCUCAAAUGACAUGUAAUGACAGCUGAAUCUACAAUGACCCUGCAGAUAAAUAUCGGCAGUAUAUUGAACUAUAUUAGCAUUUUUCACAACUAAACUGUGUCAUAUUUUUAUCACAUAAAAGAAAUACUUGUGUUGCCACUAAAUAAAAAAGAGUUACCUUGGAACAGGUGUUGCUAUGAGCUAACCGCUACAUUUCCUCCUGUUUGCACAUCUGAUUAGCAGCUUGUGUAGCUAGAUAGCCACAAACUAGCUAACGUAGGGUAUCAGUGCUCAGUAGUGAUAGCAGUGGCUACAAACGGUAUGCUAAUAUUAACAAAAGCAGGCUAGGUGUGGAGUGAAGAGUGUUUUUAGUAACUCAUUUGGAAACAUUUCGAGAAAUGCAUAGCCCACUUCUCGCUGUACCAUUAAAAUCGUGCUAUCAAGACUAGCUUGCUAGCUAGGUUGUUGUGGCCGUUGAGUUGCUGCUUUUAGCUAUUCUUGCUUUUCUUUGUCACUUUCUUACAUGACUGCCAUAUGAUCAAUUAGAAAAAGAAUUGUCUAAAUACGUUUACAUUGCAUUGAUGACCUUUAUUUCUUUGUCCCCAUGAUUAUUUCCCAGCCUUAAUUCAAACUGUACGGAACAGCGGCUAAAGCUAGCUUGUUAGCUAGCAUUUUGAUCGCGCCUUUCUUUUGCAGUUUACUCUUUAUUUUGUCUUCAGAUUAGUGUCAGACAUGGCUGAUUAUGAUUUGUAUAGUAUACCAUCCGUACGGUACAAUACAUAUGGGUACAGCAAAGCAAUGGGAAGUGGACAAAAAAACAUAUAUAUUAUUAAUAGGGUAUCCUAUACAGUACCUGGAUAGGCAUAUUGUUCCAAACUGAUCUACUGCCUUGGCUUUUAAAGCUUUAUUUCACUGUAGUGGAGCAGACUUUAAUCGUUGUAGGAGUUUGUGAUAAUUCAGCACCUAACAUCAGUUGCUCUGGGUAUGCUAGGUCACCCUAUUGCUAUCACUAAAAUGUAAUAAACAUGUUAUGUCAAUUAGUAUGAAUUCAUCUUAAAUAAAUGUAAUGGAUUUAUGAGUGCAGAGCAUGAUUAUCUAUUUCAGAUUAUUAUGGAAGUCAGGUGACUUCUGCUUUUCAGGGCAGCUGAUUUUCCAUCUCUUUAUAACGACAAAGUGAAAUAUUGCUUUAAGGCUCCAUACACGACCAAUAUUGUUGGAAUAUAAAGUGACCAAUUAUUUAUAUUAAAAUAAAUGUAAAGCAUAGAU